GACACGGGUUCUUCUUUCCUGGGGUGCCCAGGUCUGUCGUGUGCACCUGUGGCCAGCACCGCUGACCAUGCCUUUUCUCCAGCUGUACAAGAUGAGCGUGAGGUGGUCAGCCAGGCCAGGAGCUCACCCCCGUGGAGAGUCCAGCCCGCUGCUCUGAUGCCGGUGGAGAGGCAGAAGGUGCUGCAGGAGAAUGCGCCCCUGGGCCUGCCCACCCCCCUCUGGCUGCAGUUAGCCGGAUUCAUCCUACUGGCUCCCUGGGGCAUGGGCUUGGCAGGGCCCAGCGGGCCUGAGGGCCAGGGGCCUGGGGCGCUAAGCUGGGCCGUGCACCUGGACAGCCCGGGCGGCCCUGGGCAGGAGACUCUGGAGCAGUGGGCAGACACCCUGGCGCAGGCGGCCGGGCUGGUGAAUGCCGGCCGCAUCGGGGAGCUCCGGGGUCACUACCUCUUUGUCCAGCCCGCCGGGUCCCAGCAGGCCCAGCAAGCGGAAACCGUGCGGCAGCAGGCGGAGGCCGUGCUGGGCGCGCAUGAGGCCGUGCGCUGGCACUCGGAGCAGAGGCUGCUGAGACGGACCAAGCGCAGCCUGAACUUCAACGACCCCAAGUUCCCGCAGCAGUGGCACCUGAACAACCGACGGAGCCCCGGCAGGGACAUCAACGUGACAGGCGUGUGGGAGCGCAACGUCACGGGGCGUGGGGUGACCGUGGUGGUGGUGGAUGAUGGAGUGGAGCAUACAGUGCUGGACAUCGCCCCCAACUACAGCCCCGAGGGCAGCUACGACCUCAACUCCAACGACCCGGACCCCAUGCCGCACCCGGACGUGGAGAACGGGAACCACCACGGCACGCGCUGCGCAGGCGAGAUCGCUGCAGUCCCCAACAACAGCUUCUGCGCCGUGGGCGUGGCCUACGGGAGCCGCAUUGCAGGUAUCCGGGUACUGGACGGUCCCCUCACCGACAGCAUGGAGGCCGUGGCGUUCAACAAGCACUAUCAGAUCAACGACAUCUACAGCUGUAGCUGGGGUCCAGACGAUGAUGGGAAGACGGUGGACGGCCCCCACCAGCUAGGGAAGGCUGCCUUGCAACACGGGGUGAUCGCCGGCCGCAAGGGCUUUGGGAGCAUCUUCGUGGUGGCCAGUGGCAAUGGGGGUCAGCACAAUGACAACUGCAACUAUGACGGCUACGCCAACUCCAUCUACACAGUCACCAUCGGUGCCGUGGACGAGGAGGGCCGGAUGCCCUUCUACGCCGAGGAGUGUGCCUCCAUGCUGGCCGUUACCUUCAGCGGCGGGGACAAGAUGCUUCGGGGCAUUGUGACCACCGACUGGGACCUCCAGAAGGGCACGGGCUGCACCGAGGGCCACACCGGCACGUCGGCCGCGGCGCCCCUGGCAGCGGGCAUGAUCGCGCUGAUGCUGCAGGCGCGGCCCUGCCUCACCUGGAGAGACGUGCAGCACAUCAUCGUCUUCACGGCUGCCCAGUACGAGGACCGUCGGGCCGACUGGGUCACCAACAAGGCCGGCUUCAGACACAGCCACCAGCACGGCUUCGGCCUGCUCAACGCCUGGAGGCUCGUGAACGCGGCCAAGGUCUGGACCUCCGUCCCGUACCUCGCCUCCUACGCCAGCCCCGUGCUGAAGGAGAACCGGGCCAUCCCCCUGGCCCCACAAACCCUGGAGGUGAGCUGGAAUGUCAGCAGGACGGACCUGGAGAUGUCGGGGCUGAAGACCCUGGAGCACGUGGCCGUGACCGUGUCCAUCACGCACCCCCGGCGUGGCAGCCUGGAGCUGCGGCUCUUCUGCCCCAGCGGCAUGAUGUCCCUCAUCGGCGCCCCCCGCAGCAUGGACUCGGACCCCAACGGCUUCAAUGACUGGACCUUCUCCACCGUGCGGUGCUGGGGGGAGAUAGCGAAGGGGACCUACAGACUGGUCAUCAGGGAUGUGGGAGACGAGGUGGCGCCCGCGGGCGUCCUGCUGCAUUGGCGACUGACCCUCUACGGCUCCAUGUGGAGCCCCAAAGACAUCCAGGAGAGACAGAGUCUGCUGGAGAAUGCCAUGAGCGGCAAAUACCUGCACGACGGCUUCUCCCUGCCCUGCCCCCCUGGGCUGGAGAUCCCCCCGGAAGACGGCCACACCCUCACGCCCAACACCCUCAAGACCCUGGUGCUGGUGGGCUGCUUCACCAUCUUCUGGACCAUCUACUACCUGCUGGAGGUGUACCUGAGCCACCGGAGCGUGCCGUGCAGGGGCCGGCCCUGCCGCUGGCGCCCGCGUGGCCGCAGGGCCCGGGAGGAGGGCACGGAACUGGAGUCCACGCCGCUCUGCAACGGCAAAGACGCAGAUGGGCCGGAGCUGGAGGGUCCGCCCAGCACGGCGUCUCUGCUGGCCCCCGACGGGCUUAUCCCCCAGGCCCCGAACCUGCUGCAGGGGGCCGAGGAGAUUUGCUGAGCGAGGGCCGAGGCGCUUCUCCGGACCCCAGCACAAGGCGGCCUGCUGCUCCCCAGCCCCCACCCCCCCGGAACCAGAACCCGAACCGGAUUCCGAACGGGAGGCACUCAGGGAGGCCUCGGGGCCUGGACGUGCCCCAGGGCCCUGCUCCCAAGGAGCACUGCUGGGGUGGCGCUCAGCCCUGGGCAUGGGACCCAGCCCGAGAAGGGGGUGCGGCCUGGAGACUGUGAGGCCCCAUGCAUCCCGCCCGAGGCCCGCAGAGUCGAGACGUCCCGCCUCAGCCACACUGGGACACACAGGUGUGGCCAGCCCAGAGCCGUCCCAGGUGCGAGGAGCCGCUGCUCCUCCACCUGCCGCCACCUCCUCCUGAAGGUCACCGUGAUGCUCCGGAUCAGGUGUGGGCCUGCCAGGCCCAGGCUGCGGCAGGGCCGGGCCCACUAUGGGCCCCCCUGCGUCCAUCUGUCUUCCUUCCACCGUGCUCAGGGACAUGUCCUCCCCCGAGGCAGCUGCCCGCCCGGCCGGGGCAUCGUGGUGGACUCGAAUUGUUUUUUUUAACGCUUAUGAGUGGAUUUCCUCUUUUCACAGCAACUUUUGUUGGGUUUUUCUCUGCACAGCUUUUCCAAAAUAAAAACCUUGCACUCA